AUGGAGACUGAUGCACAAUCCAGAGACCUGAGCCAGUGCAUCCUCGUCAUUCUACUGAUGUGGAUCUUCGCCGACGGCAAUGUCUUCGACUUGUCGCACUGGCCGGCUGCCGGAAUGACCACUCCUUGGGACGUAAACCGGAUCCAUACGUUCAUAACUACACACUUCAUCGGCCGAAACCUGCGCUGGGAUGACGUUUCGCAGCAAACUUCUCACCUUCGCCGACUUCUUGAGAAUCCCGAGUAUGAGAACCGCGAUAGCAUGACAUGGACUUAUCGUUUCAAUUGGCUGAUGAACGCGGCCAUUGUCUACGUGGGUGCAAUCUCAGGAACCGUCACCAGGGAUUUUCUGAAGCCUCGGGCCUUGCCAGUGGAAGCAAUGUCCCGAUGGCUUUCUCGGCAGUUCGAUGCUCCAUUUACGGUCCAGGACCUCGAGUACCACCUCAUCCACUGGGUCAUCAUCUUCUCUGGCUGUGCCGGAGAGGCGCAGCACAACCUGAAUUACUCGGCUGUCAGGGUGGAUUGGACUAUGGCCAAGUAUCUAAUGGUCCCCUUGACUCCCUUGGCGCCAAACAUCUCAGGGCAAUUCUGUGGCCCAUACAGGCGUUUCCACGAAGACGUGGAACAGUGGUAUCCGCCUCGUGUGUGGAGGAACCGCAUAACCCCCAUGUCGCCAUACGACACCAAAACAGGCCUCUUAUUCAAUUUCGAUGCAGAUACCUACGACUACCGUGUCUCCCGAGAAGUACUGGUGAGGCAAUUUGUACCUCUGAGAAACGAGCGACGGGAUAUGCCGGUAAUUGUGUGGUUCGCGGGAGGAGGAUGGAUGCUGGGGGACAUAUCAGGAGACAAUAACAUUCUCAGCCAUAUUUCGGCUCGUGAUGGUGCUUAUCGGCGCCAGCAGUUUCCUAUUCCGCAUGACGACGCUUUGGAGAUAGCGAACUCGGUUCGAAACAGAGUGGGAAGAAAAGACGUGGUUCUUGCCGGCGUAUCAUCGGGUGGGAACCUGGCCGCUGCCACAGCGUUGGCGUGGUCGGCGCAAGGACACCCUCCUGCGGGGCUGCUCCUCGUCGCUCCCAGCUUAGACAACACAUGGGAGUGCGAGGAACGGUGGCGCGAAAACUGGGACGCCCCCUGGCUGACUCCCGAGGCCAUGCGAUUCUUCCAGAACCGCUGCUUCCAGGGGCCUGGGGACCGGUCCAGGGACAACUGGCGGGCCAGUCCGCUUUACGCCGACCAGCGGACCAUCGAAUCGACACGGGCCUUCCCGACAAAGGUCGUGGCCAUGGCCGGCGACAUCCUGUGUCGCGAAAGCAUCGACUUUGUGACGCGCUUGGAGGCCGCGAACUGUGGACCCACCCUGAGCGUCUUCCCCUACGGCCACACCGGGUUGUUGAUGCAGGGCAUCGUGGGCACGGCUUUGCUUGAGGAGAUGAUGGACUGGAUCAAGCAGCGAGCAAACAAUGACAUGGACAUGGACAUGGACACGAACUGA